UUUUCCAUUCUCUGCCAACAGAAAUGACAAGCCACACCUCAAAAACACUUGACGGCAAAGUAGCCAUCGUAACCGGUGGCGCGAGUGGCAUCGGCGAGGAGACGGCGCGUCGGUUGGCAAACCAUGGUGCAUACGUCGUGAUUGCCGACAUCCAAGAUGGAAAGGGCCGAGACCUCGUGGCAUCAAUCGGAUCCCAACGGUGCACCUACGUCCAUUGCGAUGUCACGGAUGAGCAACAGGUGAAGUCCUUGGUGGAAUCGACUCUUCAAUCAAACGGUCGCCUAGACAUCUUGUUCAGCAAUGCAGGCAUAAUGAAUAAGAUCAAGCAAGAUAUUCUCGAGCUCGACAUACCUGCUUUCGAUAGCCUGUUUGCCGUCAAUGUUCGGGGAAUGGCCGCCUGUGUCAAGCACGGGGCGCGAGCCAUGGUGGCGGGGGGCAUAAAGGGAAGCAUAAUUUGCACAGCGAGCCUCCUGGCCAGCACUGGAAACGAGAUUCGCGUAGACUAUGUGAUGUCUAAGCAUGCCGUUCUGGGUUUGGUGAGGUCAGCGAGCAAGCAACUUGGAGCAUAUGGUAUCCGAGUGAACUGUGUCUCACCCGGAGCGGUCGCAACACCAUUACUCUGCGGAGGGCUCGGGGUGAGUGAGGAGGAAGGUGAGAGGAUGUUCGAGUCUAGUUCAUGCUUGAAAGGAGUGCUGAAAGCGAAGCACGUAGCUGAUGCCGUGGUGUUUCUUGCUUCCGAAGAGGCAGAAUUCAUCAACGGCCACAAUCUGGCGGUUGACGGAGGAUGGGCACGAUAGGCUAUCCUAUGGAGACUAGAAAUAAAAGUUGCAAAGUCUUAACUUGCCUGUGCUUUGUUUGCUGUUGUAGCAGUACAAAUCUGGAGAAAAAGAGCUCUAGCUGAUGCUGUCAUGUUUGUGAAAGGAACAUUUUGCUUUAAUCUUUAUAUUCAGCGACGCAAUUGGUGAUUUAAUGACAAUUAUGCGUUGGUGCUGUUGAACUGCACCGAAGGAACAGCGAAAGACCAACUAUGCCCUUUUCUGUUGGACUCUGUGGUCCUCGUCCAGCCUCAUUCCUCACUAGACCGGAUCAUAGGCAUUGCGGCCCCGUGCAAAGAUCCUGCCAUUAUGCGGGCGGGCAGGCUCAGUUGUUUCCUUGGAUGAUAUGUAAAUGACCAAUCAAU